CCCCCAUUAGUAUCGUAUUCUUACCUUAAGCCGUUUUCCUAGACGAAAUAUUCUAUAACCAGCCGCACUUCGUUCUAGGUGGAGCUGCUUCUGUUUCUUGAACUUUGAUGGUUUUGCUUCUGAUUUUCUUGUGCCAUAAUUUAUUUCUGUCUCUUGAUAUGACCAUUAACCUGUACUAACACACACACAAGGACAUAUAGCAGAUGCUUGAACUGAGACUGCUGCAGCGCGGGUCGUGCUCGCUGCAGUCCAUGUCAAACUAGUAAUACACCAUAACAGAAGACUCGCACGAAGCCGAUGUACAAAAACAGAGAUUAAGUUUGCAUUGCAAGUUUGAAUUUUCGGAAAUUAAAACUCGAAGUCGGCGAAAUGGAUUGGUGGGAACUUUGCGUGUCUUUCUUCUGUUGCAGAAGUUACAAAAAAGAAGAUCCGGGUUUUAGUCAGCCAGACACUGAAAGAAAAGGACCUUUAUACAGAUACUCCACGCCGCUCCGAGGGUACGGUGCUAUUGGUUCUGGCCAGGCACCCCGUAACAUGGCCACAAAUUUGGGAUCUUCAGCCAUAGAAGAUAGAAAGCUCUACGGUAGAAGAAAUUAUGGGUACAUCAGACCUCCAAAUAUACGGCGAGAUAGCCAAGCCCAAGUUACUCUUAAGGGCUGGUUAUUCCGGCUAGAAGGAGGAGCCUUGAGACAGUGGAAGAGAAGAUGGUGUGUCUUGACAGACUACUGCUUGUUUUACUAUAAAGAUCUUGGAGAAGACAAACUUCUUGGGUCAGUAAUUCUCCCCAGUUACAGGAUUUCACCAUGUUGUGCCAAUGACAAAAUAGCAAGGAGGUUUGCCUUUAAGGUGAGAAUUUAUGCAUCUGAUAAUGUAGCAGUAGAACAAAUUGGUGUUGUGGAACCAAAUGUUUAAUGAGGUUUCCCAGAU